GGCGAUGCUGCAAGAAACUUCUUAAAUGACCGCGUCCCGCUGCUGCCCCGCCGAGCGUUUCUGGGUUGGGGAGAGGAAAGGAAAGUGGAAAAAAACUGAGAACUUCCUGAUCCCUCUCGCUGUGAGACAUGUCUGAGACUCCUGCUCAGUGUAGCAUUAAGCAGGAACGGAUUUCAUACACACCCCCGGAGAGUCCAGUGCCGAGCUACGGUUCCUCGACUCCACUUCAUGUUCCAGUGCCAGGAGCGCUCAGGAUGGAGGAAGACUCGACCCACCUGCCAGCCCACCUGCGCUUGCAGCCGAUGUACUGGAGCAGAGAUGACGUAGCCCAGUGGCUCAAGUGGGCGGAAAACGAAUUUUCUUUAAGGCCCCUUGAGAGCAACACGUUCGAGAUGAACGGCAAGGCGCUCCUGCUGCUGACCAAAGAGGAUUUCCGCUACCGAUCUCCUCAUUCAGGCGAUGUGCUCUACGAACUCCUUCAGCAUAUUCUGAAGCAGAGGAAACCUCGCAUUCUCUUCUCACCAUUCUUCCACCCUGGGAACUCUAUCCACACGAAGCCAGAGGUCCUGCUGCAUCAGAACCAUGAAGAAGAUAACUGUGUCCAGAGGCCGCCCAGGCCGCCCGCGGAGAGCGUGCACCACAACCCUCCCACCAUUGAACUCUUACACCGCCCUAGGUCACCCACCACCACAAACCACAGGCCUUCUCCAGACCCCGAGCAGCGGCCCCUGCGGUCCCCCCUGGACAACAUGAUCCGCCGCCUGUCGCCAGCCGAGAGGGCCCAAGGGCCAAGGCUCCAGCAGGAAAACAAUCACCAGGAGUCCUACCCCCUGUCCGUGUCUCCUAUGGAGAAUAAUCACUGCCCGCCGUCCUCGGAGUCCAACCCGAAGCCCUCCAGCCCCUGGCAGGAGAGCACGAGAGUGAUCCAACUGAUGCCCAGCCCCAUCAUGCACCCUCUGAUCCUGAACCCCCGGCACUCGGUAGAUUUCAAACAGUCCCGGCUCUCGGAAGACGGGCUUUACAGGGAAGGGAAGCCCAUCAACCUGUCUCAUCGGGAGGACCUGGCUUACAUGAACCACAUUAUGGUCUCCGUGUCCCCGCCUGAAGAGCACGCCAUGCCCAUCGGGAGAAUAGCAGACUGUAGACUGCUUUGGGAUUACGUCUAUCAGUUGCUCUCUGACAGCCGGUACGAAAACUUCAUCCGAUGGGAGGACAAAGAAUCCAAAAUAUUCCGGAUAGUGGAUCCCAAUGGACUGGCUCGGCUGUGGGGAAAUCAUAAGAACAGAACAAACAUGACCUAUGAGAAAAUGUCCAGAGCCCUGCGCCACUACUACAAAUUAAACAUUAUCAGGAAGGAGCCCGGACAGAGGCUUUUGUUCAGAUUCAUGAAAACCCCGGAUGAAAUCAUGAGUGGCCGGACAGACCGUCUAGAGCACCUCGAGUCUCAGGAGCUGGAUGAACAAGCGUACCAAGAGGACGAAUGCUAAGGAGACCCACCAUGGCCUCACCAGCUGGCCAAGAGGAAGCCUGCCCACAGGGACCCGCAGGAGGCGUGAUGGAGCUGUCGAGCGAGGGGUGGCUGAGAAGGAAGAGACCCAGGAAUGGCAGGCCCGCUUCUCUUGCAGAUGGAGAGGGACCCAGAGCACCUUAGACAAACCACCCAGCAAUGGCGGGGCUGGAAUUCCGGCGGGGGGCACAAGCCUGAGACUCACAUGUCGUUCGCUUCUCCUUCGGAUCUCUUGUCUGUAACGCCUCACCCUCACCCUGCACCUGUUGUUAGUGGUGUUUCUGGUUUUGUUUGUUUUGUUUUUAAGAACCUGCAGUUUGACUAUUCAUCAUUCAUACAGGGGAAGACAUCACAUGUUGUUUUCCUAUGGAAAUAUAUCUAUUAUAUAUGUUAUUAUUAUUAUUUUUUGCAAAUCUCACCAAGUACGGCCAGCUCAGCUGGUCAGGAAAGAGAAAAACUUACAGAAGGGAUCAGGUUCCUCUUUUUCCCGCCACAUGGGUCAGGUUUGUCCUGUCAAAGUCAGGAAGAGAUGAGAAAGGGAAGGAAAAAAAAAAAAAAGAAAGAGUUCUCUCCCCAUUCCCCUCCUGCCCUGCUCUUUUAUUCAUCCCGCCCUUCUUUUUUCUUAUUCUCUGCCUGCUGUAUUCCACUUCACAUGCUUUUCACCAGAGCUAGCCUCACUAGCACCUGAACACUGAGCUUUAUGUCAGACACCUUGGGCACCCAUCUGAGGGAGGCAAGACACCCCACAAAAGCUGCUGUGCUCCAGGAAGAUCAGUGGGAGGGCCAGGCAUAAGGUAGGACCGAGCCUGGCCACAUGACUUGGAAGGCCCUGGCAGCUUGGGAUUGUCCUGUAAGUACUGCAGAGUGGGAAAAUAAGAGAAGACCAAACAGGCCCGAUGGUCCAGGAACUGGAGCAGGUCUGCAAUGGGGAACAGGCCAUCAAGUCUGUCCUAAGACAUCUUGCCCUUGUGAGAUUGCCACUCAGAGUCCUAGACUUUUUCCUUUUCUGGUCCUCGCUGAACACAGAACACACUUGAGGAGGGUCCUUCAGUACAGUCUCGGGCACAGCUAGUAUUUGCACCAGAGCAGAAAGGAAAUUCCUCAGAUUCAUUCUCUUUUUUUUUCCCCCCCCUACUAUCAUUGCUAUAUUUCAAGAGGAUAUGUUUGUGGCUCUUUUUCGCCUCCAUAUAAGGUCAGUAGUAUCUUCGAAGAUAAGGGUAAUGCUAUGCCUUGGAACUUUUCAUAGCAGAGAUUUUUAGAUAACUGUUUUGGUGGGGUUUUUCCUUUUUUUGUUUGUUUUGGUUUUUGUUUUGGGUUUUUUGUUUUGUUUUUUUGUUUUUGUUUUUGAGACAGUUUCUCAGUGUAUCCCUGGCUAUCCUGAAACUCGCUCUGUAGAUCAGGCUCUGUUGAACUCAGAUCCACCUGCCUCUACCUCCAGAGUGCUGGUAUUGAAGGCGUGUGCCACCACGCCUGGCUUUUUUUUCCCCUUUUCUAGCCAUUUAAGUGGGCUCUUUGAAGCGUGGUGUGGUGUUUUUAAACCCAGAUGAUGAGGCCUGCCUUACAAAACCACUGCCUGUCCUCCUCCUGUCUCUUCCACACCCUGGGAUGAGCGCUUCCCAGCCCUCUUGGAUAUGCCUGUGUUUGAGUAGAAGCAGGACACGGAAGAAGCUGACACAGCAGAGCUGCCCUCCAACAUUGAGGUGAGGAGUACCUGGGCAUUCCUCUCCAGGCCUCACUCCCCAGACAUUAGCACACAGACAGGUGGAUGGUCUGUAGUUCACAGACACUGGGAUUGAGUCCAUCUGGCUUCUUUAGUCUUGCUGUGACUUCCUUGUGCCUCCCCCAUCUGCCUUCCAAGAGAUCAGCAGCCUUCUGGGUGAGGGGUUUGGUCUCAGUAGUCCUGGGUGGUGAUGAGAGUCACAUGCUGCAUGUUUCUUGAAAGAAUGUCAUCAGCGGAAUUUCUUUUUUUCCUCUAAAAUGACUGGUACCUUAUCUCAAAUGGAGACAUUGAGAUUAAGCCAAAUACUUGUGUUGUAUGAGCCACUGGAAUGAAGAAUGAGAGAGGAAGGGUGGGCUUUUUGUUUUUGUUGUGACUGAGGUCCUUUGUGUGAAUAUGAAAUGAGAAACUAGGAUACUCCUUCUGGCCGCUUCACCCAAGCGCAGAACUCAGUCUCUUAACUGCCCAAAGAGUCUUCCAGAUGAGCUGUGGAAGGAAGUUCCUCUGUUCCCCAGGGAGUCCUGGGUGACAGCUUCAGCAGCACAUUAGAGAUGCUCAUGGCAGUCCCAUCUUUAUUUCCCACCCAGUAUUACCAAGUAUUGAUUUUCUUCGAUUCUCUUGACUACGUCAUCACUUGUGUUUCAGAGAGAAGACAUGGCUGCUCUUGUCACCAGGAGAGCAGUGCUUUUAGGCUGCACACUCAGAAGGUUCACAUUUAGUCAAGCACAACUUUCGGGGGACACCACUACGGGAGGGUUUUGUUGAUGUUUGUAUUUUUCCGCCCACCGUGGUCUUCUAGCUCAACAUUAAGUUGAAGAGGUAAUGGAACCAAACUAUAAAUUCAUAUGUCAGAUGGAUAGAUAGCCCUUUCUCUGCAGCCAUCAUGGGUUGGGUCAGGAAAGAAAGUGCAAGAAAGCAUUGCUGUGUGAGGGGUGGGCAUUGUCAUGUAGGUCCUGGACUUGUCUGUCUUCACGUCUCCUUCAGCAGAAAACAGUGGUAGCUGGUUAUAUAUUGACAGGACAUUCGUCUCAGAUCUUUUUGAUCCAAAGCAACUUGGUGACAGUUGAAGGCAGUGUUGCUAAUAAUCCAUUUUUUUUUUUUAAAAAAAGAAGGGGCCUCAUAAGAAAAUAACAAAACAGGCUGAUAGGGGUUUCUUCUUUCCCUAGUACAUUCAGAACCCUCUGACCCAGCGUCUUUUUAUACUAAUACAUUGUCCAGAUAAGAACGUCACUUUAGCUGGCAUCUAGAGGGCCAUGAGAGGAUCCACUGGACUGAGCGGCCACUCUGUCUUCUCACACAGCUCAGGAUACAGCCGUAAACACAUUUUGACACAUUGACUCCUGAGAGAGCUUGUGUCACUCACCCUGGGAGCAGACAACAUGACAGAAUUAGACUCAGGAUCCAACCUGUGUGCGGUUCUUAACGGCAGGCAUAAGGAUAAGCAUUUACAGUGCAGUUGGAAGUUAUACUGGCUUAAAGCCCCAUCUGAUCCAUUCCCAGCAAAGAAACUAAAGAUGCAAAGGGUGGUUUUUCACUGCCCAGUCCUUCGGUGCUAGUUGCUGCUGUGCAUUCUCUCUGCCUGCUCCUCUUCUGAACAGAAACCUAAAUUGAAUGAAGUCCAGUGGGGCAGGGGGCACAGAGGAAUACCCUGGAUUCCUGCCUACCAGCAGGACGAGCAGGACUAACCCAGUAUUGUUUUGGCCCCGUCUGCAUCAACACUAAACAACUUCAAACUCCCUGACUCUUUCACCCUCACAAGUGAACAUGCUCCUGAAGAUUUCUCUUUGCAGCUGCACCCACCUGCAAGCCAGAUGAAUCUAGAAUGAAUUUUUGUUGUUGUUUAGUUUCUAAUCUCUUGUUUAUGAGGUGUGGGGUUUAUAAGGGACUGAAUCAAAUGAAUGUAACAAAAAAGAAAAAACAACAAAAAAAAAAUGCCUUUUCUCAGGGCCAGUGAGUUGCAAAUAAUUUUUAAAGAAAAGCCUAUAAUUACAUCAUCUCAAUAAAUUUUUUAUAAAAAAAAAAAAAGUAAA